GCUGCGCAGAGCGUCCGUCUCUCACUUGAACCCGUCCUCCGCGUUUGCAGGACUCCCCGUCAGGUGUUGUCAUAUGAGAAUGAAACACGGACACUCAUAGCAAAGCGCCUUGUCUUUCCCAGACCACUCACAUCCAUGCUCCGGCAGUUAUCUUCGUCACCCUGGUUUCUUUUGCCGAUCUUCAUUACGUUCCUGCUGCAGCCGCUAUGGACAGACCGCUCUGGGCUCAUCGACGCGUCGUCUGAUACCCCGCACUCCAAACGCAUCCUGCUCCUGACGGCACAUCCAGAUGACGAAUGCAUGUUUUUCGCGCCCACGUUGCUCGCUCUCAUGCGCGACCAGGGCCGUAGUCGGGAAGUCUACUCACUCUGUCUGUCAGUAGGAGAUGCCGAUGGACUGGGUGAGACGCGCGCCCGCGAGCUUGGAAAAAGUUUAGACAUACUCGGUAUUGAUGAGCGCCGACGGUCGGUUGUUGAUGUUCCUGAAUUGAAGGACAAUUUCACCUCGUCCUGGGACCAGCAAGUGAUCGCGGACCUUCUGCGGCCCUAUGUCGCAGAACAUCGAAUCGAUACCAUCCUCACGUUCGAUCAAGGAGGAGUUUCUGGUCACCUCAACCAUGCUUCGCUACCGCGCGGCGCCGCACAGCUACUUUCCGCCUUACCGCCUGGAGACCGUCCCCGUGUCUUCUCCCUCGUCACAGUGCCCCUGGUACACAAGUACAUUGGCCCCUUAGCACCUCUUCUUGCGAAGCUGGACGUUCUAUACGCCACUGCUCUGCGCGUGGCGAGUGGAGGCAAGAGCACAACUCAGAGUGCUCAGACCAUUGCAUUCGUCGCCGGCCUACAAGACUAUCUGAUCGCCCUCAAGGCGAUGAGGCAGCACUGGUCACAACUAGUUUGGUUCCGCUGGUUAUACGUAACAUUUUCCCGAUAUAUGUGGGUCAACGAAUGGGUGCCGGUGUCAGUCUCGGAAGAUGCGUAAACCAUGUAACAUGUUGUAACACUAAAAUGAGAUCAGCCAGAGACAUCGCACACUAAAC